AUGACUACGAAUAUAGAAGAUCACAAAAACGAGACCAUCUCAGAUACUAGUGUUGGUGGGAAGCCAUCUAUUGUUAACCUUGAGAGGGUUCCCAGCUCAGUGAUGGGAAGUAGCCUGGAACUCGAUGAGGAGACGAACAGAAAGUUGCUUCGAAAAAUCGAUCGAAAGUUGAUGCCUGUUCUCUGCUUCACUUAUGCCCUUCAAUACUACGACAAGGCUAUCCUCAGCCAGGCCGCCAUAUUUGGCCUGAGACAUGAUCUAGAGCUCACCACCGGUCUCAAAUACUCUUGGGUCUCUUUGAUUUUCUAUUUUGGAUACAUCGCAGGCACUUAUCCAAUUUCGUUCCUCGCCCAACGGUACCCGAUGCGAAUUGUCUGCACGGCUAUCUGCGUAGCCUGGUCUUUCGUCAUUCUCUGCACGCCCGCUUGUACAUCCUAUUCAGGACUCCUUGUCAACCGUUUCAUGCUUGGUCUCAUCGAGGCAGGUGUAUCUCCCAUCUUCAUGCUUGUCGUGGGCCUCUGGUACACCCACUCAGAGCAGAUAUCACGAUCCAGCUGGUGGUAUUCUUGCAGCGGCGGAUCUCUUCUUGUCUCACCUCUUAUCAAUUACGGACUCGGCCAUAUCAAGGGAGGUGCACUCAACUCUUGGCAAUGGAUGUAUAUCAUUGCCGGUCUCGCCACCCUAGCUUGGGGUAUCGCUCUCUGGUGGCUGUUUCCCGACAGCCCUCAGAAUGCCAAGGGGUUCACAGAAGCCGAGCGCCGCCUUCUUCUCGAGCGAGUCCGACAGAACAAUGCUGGUGCCGAAGACAAGCAGUUCAAGCCCUAUCAAUUCCGAGAAGCCUUGCUGGACUAUCGAAUGUGGGGCAUAAUUGUCUUGUCUACUGUGUCUUGCACUGGCUCCGGCGCCGUGACGACUUUCGGGACCGUUGUGUUCAAGGACAUGGGUUUCGACGUCUUUACAUCUCUACUGCUCAAUCUUCCUAUUGGUGCUCUGGCCUUUAUUUGUAUCCUCAGUUCAGGUUAUAUUGGCAGAAGAGUUCCCAACUCUAGGCUCUACGUUGUUAUAGGAGCAUGUGUUCCUGUCAUCUUGGGUUGUUCCUUGAUCUGGCAACUUCCAGACUCCAACAGAGCAGGUCGUAUCCUUGGCUUCUACCUUAUCAACUUCUUCUCGUCCGCAUGGGUUCAGUGUAUUGGCCUGGGCACGUCCAACGUUGCUGGACACACCAAGAAAGCUGUGUAUGCUGCCGGGACGUUUAUAGGCUAUUCUCUCGGGAACAUCAUUGGCCCUCUCAUGUUUGACGCAAAAUUUGCACCGCGCUACGACGAAUCAUUCACAGGAAUCAUGAUCUGCUUUGCGGUCUGUGUCUUUGUUGCUAUCACGCUCCGAUGGGCACUCGACCGAGAGAACAAGAGGCGCGACAGAUUCCACGGUCCACCGGAGCUGUCUCACGGUUUGCAAGACUGGACGGAUCGGGAGAACGAAUCCUUCAGAUAUAAUCUUUAG